GUUGAAAGAGAAAAGGAUGGCAGCAUUCAGUGGUACUUUGCAGAAAUGCAAGGCUUGUGAUAAGACUGUUUAUGUGGUUGAUUUGUUGACAGCAGAUGGAGUUGAUUAUCAUAAGUCCUGCUUCAAAUGCAGCCACUGCAAAGGAACUCUUGUGAUGAGUAAUUACUCUUCCAUGGAUGGAGUCCUUUACUGCAAGCCUCACUUUGAGCAACUUUUCAAGGAGACUGGCAGUUUUACUAAGAACUUCCAAACAGGAAAAUCUGAGAAGCCAAAUGAGCUGACUAAGACUCCUAGCAAGCUCUCCUCCCUUUUCUCUGGGACUCAAGACAAAUGUGCCACUUGUAAAAAAACAGCAUAUCCAUUGGAGAAGGUGACUGUAGAGGGAGAAUCUUACCACAAGUCAUGUUUCAAGUGUUCUCAUGGGGGUUGCUCCCUAACACCUUCAUCCUAUGCUGCUCUUGAUGGAAUUCUGUACUGCAAGCACCAUUUUGCUCAGUUGUUUAAGGAGAAGGGAAGCUAUAACCAUCUCAUCAAGGUUGCCUCAAUUAAGAGAAAUGGUCUACCAACACCAGCACCAGAACCAGAACCAGAAAAGGCACCAGAACCAGAACCAGAAAAGGCACCAGAAGAAGACCAGACACAAGAGCAAUCAUAAAGGGGUGCCAUGACAAUGAUUACUUGCUUAUUUUCACGUUUUCCAUUUUCCCCAUUUGUGGUCACAGUUUCUUCUCGAAUCAGACUAAACUGUCUAAAAUUGGGUUUUGACUCAUUCAAUCUUAUUCUCUCCCCAUCUGGGAAUUCUUUUCUAACUGUUGUUGAAUAGUUGUUUUGAAUUUGUGAGCAAAUAUCAGUUGUUCUA